UUUAUUAUGCUUAGCGCUUUAUUAACUUUAAUAAAAAUGUAUAGAGUGCAACAAGAGAUCGGCGGAUAAUAACAGCGAUUAAUUGAUGGAUGGCAUGCUUCUUUUAUGCAAAUACCAGAGUAUAAAUACGGCGGACGGAUGCUUUCUCAAAUCAUUCUCAGCUUCGUUGGUAAAGCAGCAACAGCAGCAACUAGCAGCACCAACAUGGGAGUAUUGGCAACAGCGAGUUUGUUAGCUAUUUCUUGUCUCCUUAUCAAUGGAUACAGGAUAGACUACGCAAAUCCUAGCUACGUUUCUUAUAAUCCAAGCGAGGUGGGAGCAGAAGAUGCAGCUCAUAGCGCAGGUGUUGCCGCACUAAACCAAGGAGCUCUGGUACCAAGGGAGAUUGUAAAGUUCACCGAAUACGAUGCCGUAGGUGAACCAAACAAAUUCGAACAACUCUUCUCCAAAUACAACGAACGAUUUAACGAAGCCCCGUCCUCUGAUCACCUGGAAGCACGCAACGAUCUACAAUUGGUGCAUCAACCGCAAGUCAUCGAAGAUGCUCAGAUCUCUGAGUCGAAGUACGCUGAAGAGACUUCCGAACAUGGCGGGGAAGUCCACUAUCAUCAACACACCCAUAUGCAUAAGCACGAUCACAAGCAGGAGCACGUCCAUCAACACAAGCAAGAUCACAAGCAUGCCCAUGAGUCGAAACAUCAGCACGGUCACAAACAUCAAGGCCAUCACGAUCAUAAGCAUCAAGGACAGCAUAAACAUUCCCAUGACCAUAAGCAGGAUCAUAAGCACGACCAUCAUGGGCAGCACAAGCACGGACACGAACAUAAGCACCAAGGACACCACGAUCACAAGCACGAUCAUCACGCCGACCACAAGCACGAGCACGGACACAAGCACGAUCAUCAUGGAGAGCAUAAGCACGAUCACCAUGCGUCCCAUAAACAUGAUCACCAUGGAACCCACAAGCACGAUCAUAAUGACAAACAUGACCAUCACAACCAACAUAAGCAUGAUCAUCACCAUGGACAUAAACAUAACCACAAGCAAAGCCAUAAGCACAACCAUAAGGAGAACCAUAAGCAUGGACAUAAACACAACCAUCAUCACGGACACAAGCACUCCAAACAUUGAGAUCGUGCUCGAGCCUAAUUACUCAUAAUUCCUCAGA